AUGGCCAGCAGUGCCUGGAGCAGUUGUCCCGAGCGUUGGCUGGCGGAUGCCGCCAUGGCGCUCAACCUCAAGCUCAAGCUGCAGGCGCAGCUGACGGGUCCCGCGCUGGCCGCCAUAACUCGCCUGGAUGUGUCUGGGAACGCCUUGUCCGAGCUGCCUGGCUGCGUGUUUGCGUCCCUGCCAUCGCUGCGCUUGCUGGCAGCUGGACAGAACAAACUAGCCACAUUACCCGAUGUGGUCUCCGCUCCACUACUCGAAGAACUGCAGCUGCAGGACAACCGGUUAGAGACAGUUCCGGGGACCCUGUUCCAGCUGCCGUCCCUUCAUACACUUGACCUGUCCAACAACAAAUUGCAGGUGCUUCAGAGGAGCUGUGGGGAGCGCCCCGGUUACGAGAUCUGA